AUGCCACUCUCUAUAUUUGCAAGGUUAAAUUUAGCUCCAUUAAAAAGGUCGGCCGCCAAAUUUGUCUUAGUCAACAAGAGUGUGAUCACCAUAGUAGGGAUAACGGAAGAUGUUCUCAUGAAAAUUAAGGAUUUACUGUUUUUGAUUGAUUUCUAUAUCCUUGAAAUGCCUCUGACAAAUAAUGGAAGUUCCUCCUCCGUUUUGCUUGGUAGAACUUUCUUGAAGACCUCAAAAUUUAAAUUGGAUGCCUUUACCGGUACAUACUCUUUUGAGGUAGGUGACAAGACCAUUAAGUUUAACUUGGAAGAGGCCAUGAGACAUCCACCUGAAGAGUACUUCAUCCUCCGUUGUGAUGUCAUUAAUGAGGUAGUAGCGGAGAUACAAAGAGAAGACUACAAUAGGUUGUACUAUCCUAUUAUUGAAGGGAAUGAUAAACAUGAGGAUAAACAAGAGAAAGACGAUGAGGAUGAGCUUCAUGAUCAUGGUGAAAAAGAACCUCAACUUGAAGCGAAAACUAAAUUGAAGCCUCUACCUUCUCUCUUGAAAUAUGCAUUCCUUGAGGACAACCAAAGGUUUCCGGUAAUGAUUGCUAGUGAGCUCUCCAGCCAAGAAGAAGAUAAGCUCCUAGAGGUCCUAAGAAAGCACAAGAAAGUAAUGUUUGGAUCUUGCCCGACAUUGUGGGGAUUAACCCACGAGGUAGAUCAAGUGAUUCGUAGAUGUGUCCUGGAGUCCGAAUUCCAACCUAUUCUUGAAUCUUGUCAUUCAUCCGAGUGUGGUGGUCACUUUGGCCUACAACGGAAGGCUAAAAAAGUUUUGGAUUGUGGAUUCUGGUGGCCAACAUUGUUCAAGGAUGCCAACCAAUAUUGUUUGUCAUGUCACUAA